AUGGCCAACAAUGCGCAAGACGUGGAAAACAACGUGGACCAAUUGGGGGCCAACGGUGGCACUGAACAGCAUCAAGGAGACAGCGGGACCACCAGGCCUCGGUCCAGGGGGGGUUCUGGAGGAGGAGGGGGUCCUGAGCAGAACGGCCAGGCCCCCUCCGCCGGGCCCCCCCGCAUGGUGGAGGCAGACGAGGAGGAUGAUGAGGAGCUGACGCUGAAGUACGGCGCCAAGCACGUCAUUAUGCUCUUCGUCCCUGUGACUCUGUGCAUGGUGGUCGUGGUGGCGACUAUCAAGUCGGUCAGCUUCUACACACAGAAAGACGGCCAGAGACUGAUCUACACGCCGUUCCCAGAGGAUACAGACACGGUGGGAGAACGGGCGCUGAACUCCAUCCUCAACGCCACCAUAAUGAUAUCCGUCAUCAUCGUCAUGACGCUGGUGCUAGUGCUGCUCUACAAAUACCGUUGCUACAGGGUAAUCCAAGGCUGGCUCUUCAUAUCCUCUCUGCUCCUGCUCUUCUUCUUCUCCUACAUCUACCUCAAGGAGGUGUUCAAAACCUACAAUGUAGCCAUGGACUACCUGACGCUGGCGGUCAUUGUGUGGAACUUCGGCGUGGUGGGCAUGAUGUGCAUCCACUGGAAAGGGCCACUGCGCCUCCAACAAGCCUACCUCAUUAUGAUCAGCGCUCUAAUGGCACUGGUUUUCAUCAAGUAUCUUCCCGAGUGGACUGCCUGGCUCAUACUUGCCGUCAUAUCCGUAUACGAUCUAUUGGCGGUGCUGUGUCCAAAAGGCCCUCUGAGGAUCUUGGUGGAGACCGCUCAGGAGCGGAACGAGCCUAUUUUUCCUGCUCUUAUCUACUCAUCAACCAUGGUGUGGCUCGUCAAUAUGGCCGACACGGACCCGGGGCCCAAGAGGAGCGCCCCCGACGCGACGACGUCACAGCCCGAGCCUCAAGAAGGUAAGCGACGGCUCGAUCCACCCUCUAGUCCAGCCGAUGACUGCGGCUUCACGCCGUCCUGGAUCAGCCAGCAAGAGCACCGACUGGGGCCAAUGCAGUCCACUGAAGACACACGGCGGGAGAUCCAGCAGAUGCCCUCUGACCGGCCGCCCGUCGAGGAUGACGACGAAGAGCGGGGUGUAAAGCUGGGCCUGGGCGACUUCAUCUUCUACAGCAUGCUGGUGGGAAAAGCCUCGGCAGCCGCCAGCGGCGACUGGAACACCACGCUAGCCUGCUUCGUCGCCAUCCUCAUUGGCUUGUGUCUGACGCUGCUGCUGCUGGCCAUCUUCAAGAAGGCGCUCCCCGCACUGCCCAUCUCCAUUUUCUUCGGUCUGGUCUUCUACUUCGCCACUGACAACCUGGUGCGCCCCUUCAUGGACGAGCUGGCGCUACACCAAUUCUACAUUUAG